AUGGCGGUGGCCGAUAACACCCGGAUGAAAAGGAUGGAAGCGGAUAUUAAGCGAUUGUUCCAGAUGAUUGAGACGGUCUCCGAGGAGAAUAGAACCGAGCGAGCUCGAGCUUCCGAGGCGACAGAUCUCAAGCUAAAUGCGAUCCAGUCCUCCCUUGCUCAGCUUCUCAAUGAGCGUCCUCGCGAUCGUUCCCUGUCCCGUGAUUCCCGGCAUGGUUCGAACUCAGGCUACUAUACUUUUACACGCAAUGGUCCUCAUCUCCGAAGGGUGAACUUUGAUCUACCUAAGUUUAAUGGUUCCGAUGCCCUGGGUUGGAUUUUUUCUCUUGAUCAGUAUUUUGAGUUCUUUCGAGUACCUGAGGAGGAACAACUGGCAAUUGCUGCAAUCCAUAUGACAGGUAUGGUCAUCCCGUGGUACCAAAUGUCGCAACGCUCUGCUCCCUUUCGAUCGUGGGCUCAAUUGAAAUGCGAGAUUGAACUUGAGUUUGGUCCAUCAUUGUUUGAAUCCCCAAGAGAAUUGUUGUUUAAGUUGCAACAACAGGGUUCUGUGGGAGAUUAUUAUGCAGAAUUUGUUGCCUUAGCCAAUCGCACUAAUCUUGAACCGCAUGAGGCCUUGCGGGAUUGCUUCGUGAGUGGUCUUCGACUUGACAUUCGCCGAGAGGUGAAGGCACAAUGCCCCCCAUCUCUGAUGCGGGCCGUCACACUCGCCCGGCUUUAUGAGGACAAAUUUGCCACCGUACCUCGCACUACCUACGGCCCCAACAAUUUCAGUGCUCCACAAGCUUCCCAAACCCCCAGCACACCACAGCGGCCCGCGGGCCGCAAUAGCCUUCCUCCACUCUUACCCACCCCUAACCAGCGACCUUCCACCAGCAACUCCAAGCAGGUCGUCAAGCGGCUUUCCCCUGCCGAAAUCCAGAAUCGUCGAGAAAAGGGCCUUUGUUUUUGGUGCGACGAAAAAUUUUCGGCGUCGCAUAAAUGUGCUAACAAGCACUUGAUGUUGCUACAAUUGGAAGGAGAAGAUGACCAUGCGUUAGCCGAACCUGGAGAGCUUGCCCAGUCCGAGAGCACUAUUUUAGAGCAAUUGGAGCAGGACGUAGUGGCACAUCAUCUUUCAUACAAUGCCAUGCAUGGCACUAGAGGACCUUCCACCAUUCGACUCAAAGCGAUGCUAAACGGGUUGGAGGUGCAAGUUCUUAUCGAUGGGGGUAGUUCGGACAGCUUCAUUCAACCAAGGAUUGCAAAGUUUUUAAACCUGCCAGUUGAACCCUGCCCUGGAUUCAAGGUUGUUGUAGGGGACUUUGAUGUCCUCACAGUGGAAGGAUGCAUUUCUCAGAUAGAUAUUCUUAUACAAGGCUACAAAAUCACAAUUCCUGAGGUGUAUGUCCUUCAUGUAGCGGGUGGUGAUAUAGUAAUUGGCACUACUUGGCUGGAGACCCUCAAGGCCCACAUUGUGGAUUAUGACAGUUCCUUUCUGCGAUUUCUGCAUCAGGGCGAAUUUGUCACUAUUCGUGGCGACAAGACCCUGGCUCCAGCACAAGCACAAUUUCACCACAUUAGAAGACUCGCUCAUACUGAUUCUAUAGCCGAAGCCUUCACUCUUCAAGUCCACAAAGCCGACAACAAGUCUCUCAACUCUUUAGAGCUGCCGGGGAAUAUGGACCUUGCACUGAUUUCAUUGCUUCAUAAAUAUGUGUCGGUGUUUGAUCAACCAGUUGGCCUACCUCCGCAACGAGCUCAGGAUCACAGCAUUCCUCUCAUCCAGGGAGCUGAACUGGUGAAAGUCCGGCCGUAUAGAUACCCGCAUAGCCAGAAAGAACAGAUUGAAGUCAUGGUCCAACAAAUGCUUCAUGAAGUGAAGGAUAGUUUUCCGAUUCCGACAGUUGAUGAACUACUCGAUGAACUAUUUGGUGCAACUGUUUUUUCGAAAUUAGACCUUCGAUCCGGUUAUCACCAAAUCUUGGUGAAACCAGAGGAUCGAUUCAAGAUGCAUCACUUGAACCAUUUGGAGGUUGUCCUUAAGCUCCUGCAACAAGAGGCCUUGUAUGCUAAGUUUUCUAAGUGCCUUUUCGGCGUAGCCGAGGUUGACUAUUUGGGUCACACCAUCUCAGCUAAUGGUGUUCACAUGGAUAAAGCAAAGGUUCAGGCUGUGAUGGAUUGGAAACAACCGCAAAACAUCAAGCAGCUUAGGGGUUUUUUGGGUUUGACGGGGUAUUAUAGGCGGUUUAUUAAAGGGUAUGCGGCCAUAGCUUCUCCACUCACGGAUUUACUAAAAAAAGAUGCCUUCAAUUGGAAUGACAAAGCUGAAUUGUCUUUCAACCAACUCAAGUCUACAAUCACAUCGCAGCCUGUGCUUGCGUUGCCUAACUUUGCACUUCCCUUUGAAGUGGAAACUGAUGCUUCGGGUAAUGGUAUAGGAGCGGUUUUAACACAAGGCAGGCACCCCAUUGCAUAUUUUUCUAAGAAAUUGGCUCCCGCCAUGCAGCGACAGUCGGCUUAUAUUCGAGAAUUUCAUGCUAUUACUGAAGCCAUCGCAAAGUUCAGACACUACCUCCUUGGAAAAAAAUUCAUUAUUCGCACCGAUCAACAGAGUCUUAAGGCUUUAUUGGAACAGAAUCUUCACACGCCGGAGCAGCACAAAUGGCUACACAAAUUGCUGGGCUAUGACUUCGAAAUUCAAUAUAAACCGGGAGCUGACAAUGUACCAGCCGAUGCCUUGUCCCGAUGUUUCUUGGCAGCUUGGUCAGGGCCUAAAUUAGAAUGGCUUCAAACCUUAAAGUGUGAUAUUGAAAAGGAUUCUACAUUGAAGGACAUCCUACAACACUGUAGCAAUAAUACCAAUGAUGAUUUGAACUAUACUUGUAGGAAUGGCUUGCUAUUAUGGCGAGGGCGUGUUGUGAUUCCUACGCAUAGUAGUUUAAUUAAACUCAUUUUACAUGAAUAUCAUGACAGUAGCGUUGGUGGCCACUCGGGAAUCGCAAAGACGGUGGAGAGGAUUUGCUCCCAUUUUUAUUGGCCUAACAUGCAGAGGGACAUUCGACACCAUGUCCUUUCGUGCGGCACUUGCCAACAGGCAAAGACGGAAACAAAAUCACCAGCCGGUCUCCUGCAACCUCUACCCAUUCCCUCUCAGGUAUGGGAGAACAUAUGCAUGGACUUUAUAACUGCCCUGCCUCCAGUUAAUGGUUAUUCAGUGAUCAUGGUCGUCAUCGACAGACUCACAAAGUUUGCGCACUUUAUUGCGCUAAAAAAUGACUUUAGCAGCAAAUCGGUGGCUGAUGCGUUUAUUAAAAAUGUAGUGAAACUUCAUGGCUUUCCAAGAUCAAUUGUCUCUGAUAGAGACAAGGUGUUUGUGAGUAAAUUUUGGCAACAAUUAUUCCAGCUACAGGGUACAAACUUGGCCAUGAGUUCGGCAUACCAUCCGGAAACCGAUGGUCAAAGCGAGGUGCUUAACAAGACGUAA